AUGGCAACAUUAUUAAAAAACACUCUAAAAGUGUUAAUUGGGGCUGGGGCAGUUUAUGUAACGCUGGACAAAGGUGCAUGGGAAGUUAGCAGUGAACACGGCAGCAAAUUUCUGCAAGAAGUUAAGAAAAAUAUUCUGCCUGAAACUGUUGAAUAUAUUGAAAAGGCUCCAUCAGUUAAAACCAUCAAUCAUGCUGCCCUAAACAAGUGGAACAAAGGAGUUCAAACAGUGUUCUCAUUCAUUGGCAGUGUGCCCGAAACAACACAGGAAUGUUUUGAGAAGUUGAAAGACCAGUUCAAAUAA